AUGGCAGACUCUGAUGAUGAGUCAGAUAGACAUAGAAGUCGAGAUAAAUUCCGACGUGAAAGAAGUGACCAUGAUGCUCGAAGAAGACCAGGAGAUAAACGAGAACCUUUUGACGACAAAAGCGAACAUCGCGGAUUGGGAGAAGUCAGAGAUGAAUAUAAAAGUUCUGCCCCAAAACGUCGCGAGACCCGUAUCUUGCCAUCAGAGGAAGAGGGAAUGUACAGACCACCUCUGGUACCGUUUAAACGGUUUUUGGAGCCGCUUGAUGAUCUGAUCACCGAAGAGGAAGCCUGUUGCAAAUACCGUGAAUACAAAGAGGGCUACACCAAGCGCCAUAUCGAGGAGUUUUUCGAAGCGCAUAAGAAUGAAGAAUGGUUACGCUUACGAUAUCAUCCGGACUAUAUGCCCAAAAGAAAAGCAGCGGUGCUGGCUAAUUUGAAGCACCGAUUGGCUGUGUUUAUGGAGCUUCACGAGAAAGGAUUCUUUGAGAAUCAGAGUGUCCAGAUGGAUAACAGUGAGAAUCUCAUUAAGCUCAUGGAUUCGGUCGUUAUCAAGCUGGAAGGUGGAACAGAUGAGGACCUAAAAGUCUUGGAGAAUGCCGAAAGAAGUCGGUACUCUGACGAUGAAAGUUCUCACAGUAGAAUUCCUACCGUAGUUCAGGUAAGUGGAACUUUUUUACACUUCAUUUUAAACGGAUUGCCUGAAGUGAAGGUCGAUCCCCAAAGAACUGUAUCGCCAUACCUCAGGCCGGUUUGGAGCAUGCGACCAGCUUUCACUACCCUCGUUUGUGUCUUCGACAUUGCUUUCAACUUUCCAAUCUUCCUUGUACCGCUCCAAGAGACACCUACCAAAACCGGCGCACAAAGGUGNUUAAUUGUUGUAAAAACUGCAGCUGGAAACUGGACCAAAGUGGUGCAGCAAGGCCGUUCUAUAUUCCCAUUCCUCUUGAACUUCGCCAUGGAGAAUGUUCUACAGAAUGCUUUAUCCGGUCUAACAAACGGCAGAGUUGAACUCCUCUCAGGGAAGAGUUCUCACCGAUGA